GGCGCCGCGGGGCGGUGCCGGGCGAACGCGGCUCCCGGGCGCUGCUGGGCGUGUGGGGAUCGCCGCGGCCCGGGCGGCGGGACAGGAGCGGGCCGGAGUCGCCCGCCGGCCCACCGAGCGCCGCUAUGGCGUCCAUGCUGCUGCAGAGCUGCGGGCGGCGCGCCUGCCGCCUGCCCCGAGCGCUGCGCCGCCCGCCACGGCUCGGUAACUUGGGAGAUCGGGCAUGUCUUAGCUGCACAUCCCUGAGGCUGGCAAACAAAAUGACUGUACACUUUAAAUAUUGCACUAGUGUCCCUCCUGUUUACGCCUACUCCAGAAAAGCUCACUAUUGUUGUUGGACUAAAGGAUCUGAGCAGAUACACUUCACUCUCACGAGCUCUUCUGGCUCAUGGACGCCACUAGCAACCCUGGGUGUUUUAGGUCCCCAGUACCUUCCAGUUAGGUGGUGGCAUUCUUCACGUCCUCUUCAAGAUGACUCCAUAGUUGAAAAGUCACUCAAGUCCUUAAAGGACAAAAACAAGAAGCUGGAAGAAGGAGGUCCUGUAUAUAGUCCAACAGAAGUGGAAGUUGUAAAGAAAUCUCUUGGGCAGAGGAUUGUGGAUGAACUGAAGCACUAUUACCACGGGUUUCGGUUGCUGUGGAUUGACACCAAAAUAGCUGCGAGGAUGCUCUGGAGAAUCCUGCACGGGAACACUUUGUCUCGUCGGGAGCGGAGACAGUUUCUUCGAAUAUGUGCUGAUCUUUUUCGCCUGGUCCCUUUCUUGGUUUUUCUUGUUGUCCCAUUUAUGGAAUUUUUACUUCCAGUAGCUCUUAAGUUGUUCCCUAAUAUGCUUCCCUCUACAUUUGAGACAAAGUCUAAAAAGGAGGAAAGAUUGAAGAAAGAAUUGAGAGUAAAGCUUGAAUUGGCUAAAUUUCUUCAAGACACCAUUGAGGAGAUGGCCUUAAAAAAUAAAGCAGCCAAGGGAAAUGUUACAAAAGAUUUUUCAACAUUCUUUCAAAAGAUCAGGGAAACUGGUGAAAGACCCAGUAAUGAGGAGAUCUUAAGGUUCUCUAAACUGUUUGAAGAUGAGUUGACGCUGGACAAUCUGACCAGGCCUCAGCUGGUGGCACUUUGUAAAUUGUUGGAACUUCAGUCAAUUGGGACAAAUAACUUUCUCCGCUUCCAGCUGACAAUGAGGUUGAGAAGCAUAAAAGCAGAUGACAAGAUGAUUGCUGAAGAAGGAGUUGAUAGCCUGACUGUUAAAGAACUGCAGGCAGCUUGUCGUGCCCGAGGGAUGAGAGCUCUUGGUGUGACAGAGGAGCGUCUCAAGGAACAGCUCAAACAGUGGUUAGAUCUGCACCUGAACCAGGAAAUUCCUACUUCAUUGCUUAUUUUAUCCAGAGCCAUGUAUCUUCCAGAUACCCUUUCUCCAGCUGAUCAGCUCAAAACAACCCUUCAGACACUACCAGACAGUGCAGCCAAAGAGGCUCAAGUGAAAGUGGCAGAAGUUGAAGGUGAAAAAAUAGAUAACAAAGUACGACUGGAAGCAACACUUCAGGAAGAAGAAGCCAUCAGAAAAGAAAAUGAAGAAAAGAAAAUGUCUGAAGCUGCAGAGAAAGCCAAAGAAACGCUUGAGGCUGCAGCCAUGAAAGCGGUGGAACCAGCAGCAGAUCUUGAAGCAACUGCUCUGCAAGCUAAAAAAAGCCAGGUGGUGAUGGAUGCUGAACCAGAACUGGCACGGGCAGGUGCAGCAGUGCACUCAGAGGCACUGAUAGAUACAGCACCAGUGCUGGAAGGCAUUAAGGGUGAGGAAAUCACCAAGGAGGAGAUUGAUGUGCUCAGUGAUGCUUGCACCAAGCUACAGGAACAGAAAAAAUCACUAACAAAGGAAAAGGAGGAGCUUGAGGAAUUGAAGGAUGAUAUCCAGGAAUAUAAUGAGGACUUGCAAGAGAUAAAGGAGCUUUCUAAAACUGGUGAGGAAGAGGCAGUGGAAGAGUCAAAGGCAAGCAAGAGACUGACAAAGAGAGUGAACCGAAUGAUUGGUCAGAUAGACAAAAUUAUUGUAGAGUUAGAAACAAGUCAAAAGACAGCAGAUGCAAAGCUGGAUGGUGAGGAUACUUCUGCUGGGAAGAAUCUCAUCAGCAUUACUGAGCUAAUUAAUGCAAUGAAACAAAUUCAGAAGAUUCCAGAGGAGAAGCUAACAAGGAUUGCAGAGGCAUUAGAUGAAAACAAGGAUGGCCAAAUUGAUAUAGAUAAUGUUGUUAAGGUUGUAGAAUUGAUUGACAAAGAAGAUAUUGAUAUUGGCACCAGCCAGGUUGCUGAGAUUAUGUCAUUGCUUCAAAAAGAAGAAAAACUGGAGGAAAAAGAGAAGGCAAAGGAAAAGCAUGAUAAGGAAGCUGCAGAAGCAAAGAAUUAAGCUUCAGAAUCUGAAGCUAAUCACAGUUGUAACCAAAAUCUUGUAUAUCUUUCUGUGUCUAAUGGCUACAUAUUACUUGAGCUUUGUGAUUAUGGGAAGUGUUUUGAGCUGAUUCUGGUAAUAAAUCGUAGAUAAGUUUUCUGACA